AUGGCCGACGACACCAAGGGCGUUGGCGAGGGAUCCUCGUCCCCAUCGCUCGCAGCAACUCAGGCGAGCGACAGGAGUCAGAUCCUCGCCCAGGCGAAUCGAUUCUUGACCUCAGCCAACGUCUCAGAGUCUGCAUCCGACGAAGACAAACGCGAGUUCCUGCGUUCCAAGGGCCUGACCGAGGACGAGAUCUCGCGUGCCUUCCAGGAUGCCAAGUCUCCCGUCGAAGGUCUCGCCGCUCGUCAAAGCGGCGUACAGCCUUCCAACGCUGGUGAUCUGGACGCCUUUGAGAUUGCCGCCCGCCAAUUUGAUGAUCCGAUCAACGCAGACGCUAUUGCACCGCCGCCAAAGUCGUACCCGAACUCUCCUCUCGCUCUCUACUACGACUCUCCCGCAUCCCAAGGCAGCACCAUCGCCCAUUCCGAUCCGCACAAGCAGGGCGGCAACGCUGCCUCGCCUCUCACACGCUACCAGGUGCUGCUCCAGUUCUUCCGCACGCUCAGCUACAUGAUGAUGCUCGGAGGCGGCCUCACGGCGAUCGUGGUCUCGGCGUACCGCGCCUACAUCUUGCCAAAGAUCACCGCCAUGUUCGACGCAAGGAGCAUCGUGCUGAAGCACCACAUCAUGCUGUUCGACAAGCUGAGGAGCAAUGUCGCCAGCCUCGCCACAUAUGUCCCCGUCCAGCGCGCGAGGAUCGGCGCCGACGAAGCUUCCACGAACGUGGCUUCUUCGCCGCUCAAGGGCGUGCUGAAGAAGGUUCACUUCCAUGACGAUGUCGACACUUCUGCCAAAGAGGGCGAGAAGGAAGGAGUCAAGUUGACGCAGCGCGCCAAGGAUGCCAAGGCUGGCAGCGAGAAGAUCGUCAUGCCCGGUACUGAUGUGGUCGUCGAUGCCAAGACGCCGCUGCUUGCAGAGGGCGCCAACGAGGCUGAUGACGACGCAGACGCAUUGGCUUCCGAAGAAGGUGAAGUGGAGCCAGCCAAGCUCGAGCCAAUCGAUGUGAUGGCAUCGAUCCGGGAGAGCAUGGCAAGUCUCGCGGCUGCACUGCGAGGUGACUUGGCCGGCAACCCUUCGGCAGCAUCCACGGGCGCAGCACCGAGUGUGUCGUCGUCCCCAUCGCGUGGUGCCAGGGUAGCGAGUGUGGCCGAUGCAGGAUCUGGAUCGGACGAGUGGGAAGACGAGGACACGGAGGCGGAUGGAUCGGAUGACGACGACGGGCUCGAAUUCGACCCGUACGGCGCGUACCAGAAGAAGCACAAGCAUACGCAGACAUCCGCAACGGCAAGCUCCGGCCCAGGCUCGGCGAGUCUGGCGGGCCUCAAGUCGACUCUGGCCAGUCUCAAUGCGGAUAUCUCGACACACGCGUUUGCGGCCACCUCGUCGAGCAGCUACUCUGGUGGAACCUUCCGUUUGGGUCCCGGGUCGAGUGGUGCGGAAAGCCCCAGGUCAGGAGAUUUGGGCCAGGUCAAGGCAGAGAUUCGCAGCCUCAAGGGGCUCUUGCUCAGCCGAAGGAACUUUCCGUCGUACGGUGCGCGGCCGCCUCCACUUCCCGCCGCUGCAGCUUCAUCUAUGGACGCGCGCACUUCUUCCACUGUCGUAUGA